AUGGAGGCUGGACAUUUUGAACGUCCUCCUUAUGAUUCGAAUACAAUGCGUAGUGCUUAUCAUGUCCGGCAAUUUGAGUUAAUGAAACUUCAUUGUAUAGAGGAACCUGUAGAUAUAAUGCUAAGUCAUGAUUGGCCAGAAGGAGUAUAUAAUUAUGGUAAUAAAGAAGAAUUAAUAAAAAAAAAACCUGCAUUUAUUGACGAUAUUAAUCGUCAUAAUUUAGGUAGUCCUCCUUCUAUGGCUCUAUUAAAAAGCAUGCAACCGUAG